AUAGAGUAGAUGUUAAAUAAUAUAAUGAAAGUAGGAAAACCAUCUUAUUAACAACCCAAGAAAACACUUAAUUGUAAAUUGCCUUUAGCCGCCACUCGCAACCCUCCAAAAGACGCACUAGAGUACACAAGCCAUGCACAUCCUCAGGCGAUAAUCCCCAUUCCCCAGUGACAGCACCCAAAACAAAAACCAAAAACAAAAAAAGAGAGAGCAAACCUUACGCUUCUUCAUGGACUCGUCUCAAUACGAUGGCGUAUACCAACCGCUUCUCUACCCUCCGGCUGAUGGAACGGUACCGCUUUCUCCAUCGACGGAGUCAAGCAACGGCGAGCUAGAGAGAGUGCUUUCCGACGUUGAAACUCCGUUUUUUCACCGCCUUCGUGAGGCCACGAUGAUUGAAUCCAAGCUGCUCUUCAAGCUUGCUGCACCUGCGGUCAUCGUCUACAUGAUAAACUACCUCAUGUCCAUGUCCACUCAAAUCUUCUCUGGCCAUCUAGGCAACCUAGAACUCGCCGCCGCUUCUCUUGGUAACACUGGAAUCCAAAUCUUCGCCUACGGUCUCAUGCUAGGAAUGGGUAGUGCGGUAGAGACGUUGUGUGGUCAAGCGUUUGGAGGUAGAAAAUACGAGAUGCUUGGCAUUUAUCUCCAGAGAUCCACCGUCUUGCUUACUCUCACGGGCCUUCUCCUAACGUUAAUCUACGUCUUCUCCAAACCUAUUUUGCUUUUCCUCGGAGAGUCGCCGGAGAUAGCUUCCGCCGCGUCUAUCUUUGUAUACGGCCUAAUUCCUCAAAUCUUUGCCUACGCCGUAAACUUCCCGAUCCAAAAGUUCCUCCAGGCGCAAAGCAUCGUGGCACCGAGUGCUUACAUCUCUACGGCCACUCUCUUUGUUCACCUUCUCUUAAGCUGGCUCUCUGUUUACAAGCUUGGCAUGGGGCUUCUUGGAGCGUCGCUCGUGCUUAGUCUCUCGUGGUGGAUUAUAGUGGUGGCUCAGUUUGUUUACAUCGUGACGAGUGAACGGUGUCGUCAGACGUGGAGAGGGUUUAGUGUGCAAGCGUUUUUUGGGUUACCGAGUUUUUUCAAACUCUCCGCCGCCUCCGCCGUGAUGCUUUGCCUUGAGACUUGGUAUUUUCAGAUCUUGGUUCUUCUUGCCGGACUCCUCGAGAAUCCGGAGCUUGCUCUAGAUUCUCUCUCCAUUUGCAUGACGAUUCCAGGAUGGGUGUUUAUGAUAUCUGUUGGGUUCAAUGCAGCGAUAAGUGUAAGAGUGAGUAAUGAACUUGGAGCUGGAAACCCUAAAUCAGCAGCGUUUUCUGUAAUCAUCGUCAACAUAUAUUCCUUAAUUACAAGUGUGAUCUUAGCCAUUGUUAUUUUGGCAUGCCGUGACUUUUUGAGUUAUGCGUUCACUGAGGGUAAAAAAGUUUCGGCCGCGGUUUCUGAUCUUUUCCCGCUACUUGCCUUGACGCUUGUUCUCAAUGGAAUCCAACCCGUUCUUUCUGGUGUGGCGGUUGGAUGCGGUUGGCAAGCGUUUGUGGCGAAAGUUAACGUUGGAUGUUAUUACAUUGUCGGAAUUCCUCUUGGGGUUAUCUUUGGGUUUUACUUCAAUUUCGAUGCCAAGGGUAUAUGGACCGGAAUGAUAUGUGGUACCCUUAUACAAACCGUUAUUUUAGCGUGGGUCACGUUUAGAACAGACUGGACAAAAGAGGUGGAAGAAGCUUCUAAAAGGUUGGACAAAUGGAGCAACAAAAAACUAGAAGUGGUUCCCGAAUAAUGCAAGUCGAUGUAAAUUUGGUAUUCAGUGAACCGAAUGGAUUCAUUGGUGUAUGAAAACCGAUGCAAAUGCUCAUGAUAACCCGUGUAAUGGGUACUAUAGUUAUCUUGAAUCCUCGAUCUAA